UCACAUAUUCUUUCUCUUUCUCCCUUUUCAUUUCUACUUACCUUUUCCCUUUUCACAAUGAAGCCUUGUGCGUCUCUCCGCUUGAGGGCCCUUCGACAGGUCGCACCUAGUACCCGUCUGUCCCUCCCCGCUUCGGCAAGAUGGCAGCAUUCCCGGGCCAUGUCGACUGUUGUCGAUUAUCAUCCUCGGACAUCGCAGCCGCCUCCUCCCCCAGCUGGAGCCAAUGAAGCUGCUGAGAAGCAGAGGGCUGAAAAGAGGAACCAGAUUCUGAGGGAGGCUGUCACGUCGACUCAGGUUCGACAUGAUUGGACCAAGGAUGAGAUUGCUGCUAUUUAUUAUCAACCUGUCCUUGAGCUGGCAUACCAAGCUAGCACCGUCCAUCGUAGAUGGCACAACCCCUCCGAAGUGCAACUCUGCACCCUGAUGAACAUCAAAACAGGCGGUUGCACCGAAGACUGCUCCUACUGCGCUCAAUCCACCCGAUACCAAGAAGGCACCGGAGUCCCCGCCAAAAGAGUCGAGAGUGUUGAGAGCGUCCUCGCAGCGGCGCGAAUCGCUAAAGAAAAGGGAAGCACUCGCUUCUGCAUGGGCGCCGCGUGGAGGGACAUGCGCGGACGCAAGAACAGCCUCAAGAACAUCAAGGCCAUGGUCGAGGGCGUCAAGGGCAUGGGAAUGGAGGUCUGCGUAACGCUGGGCAUGAUCGACGCGGAGCAGGCCAAGGAGCUCAAGGCGGCAGGACUCACGGCGUACAACCACAAUGUUGAUACUAGCCGAGAGUUUUACCCCAACGUCAUCACGACGCGCAGCUACGACGAGCGACUGCAGACACUGAGUCAUGUCCGUGAUGCUGGAAUUAAUGUCUGCUCUGGUGGAAUUCUGGGUCUUGGUGAGAGCAGCGAGGACCGUGUUGGUUUGCUCCAUACCGUCUCGACGCUCCCAAGCCACCCGGAGAGCUUCCCCGUGAAUGCCCUGGUUCCUAUCAAGGGUACACCACUUGGUGACAGACCGAUGGUGGAGUUUACGAGCAUGCUGCGGACCAUCGCGACGGCGCGCAUCAUCAUGCCGUCGACCAUCAUCCGCAUCGCAGCGGGUCGCAAGACCAUGUCAGAGGAGAAGCAAGCGCUAUGCUUCAUGGCAGGUGCCAACGCCAUCUUUACGGGUGAGAAGAUGCUGACGACCGAGUGUAAUGGCUGGGAUGAGGAUGCGGCCAUGUUUGGUCGAUGGGGUCUGGAGCCCAUGAAGAGCUUUGACAAGUCGCCUCAGCCGGCACCCGAGACGAGGGUUCUGUAGACCUGGUUAUGAUUGUGUAGAUGAAUUAUAAAUCGAAAUCGUAAUCCCGGUAUCAAAUGUCAAUGUCGAUCAUGUUGGGGAACUUGUUCUCCGGCUGCAGUUCCCGGAGACCGGCAACGUUCCGGGUUGGUUAUGAGUGUGUGUGUAAAAAAGAGCAAGGGUUUUUGACGUCUGAAGCAACAUCACGUUGGUAGAAGGGAUGAUAA